AGGAAGUGUAGAUCCAAACAAUUAUGCUAUGGCUGCACGCGACAGCCGCAUAACAAACCGAUCGCUCAUUCUCAUAGACGGGUACCGGUUUCGAGUGAAGUCGAAGCGAUUAACAACCGAAUACAUCCAAUGCUGUGGCUGCGAGGGUCUUAUUUGCAACGUGAGUGGAAAAAUUAAUGAGAAUGGCCAGUGGGAAUUAUCGGGAGAUCAUCAUCAUCCUCCACCGGCAAAUGAGAUCAAGAAGGAUGCAUUUAAGGACCGUCUGUGGCGCAAUGUCGUGACGUCGCAAGAAAAUAUCCGCCACAUUUAUGACAGUACUGCUGAAGAGGAUCUGCAAAGUGCAAUCUUGGUGCCGUUUGCAUCCGUCCAAAGGAGUAUGGCAAGAUGGAGACAGCAAACUCGGCCACCGAUUCCAUCAACAUUGUUCGAAUAUGCGACGCUACUUAAUAACGACCAAUGGAAAAGAUUCCGGAUGUAUAACGGUGGCACAUUAACAGUUCGAACAGCUGUCAUAGACAAUCAAACUUCGGUGACUGUCUUAUGUGAUCCAGCAUUUUUAGCAUCACUUCAGAUAAAUGAGCUGUACAUUGAUGCGACGUUUAAAAUUUGCCCUCUUACGCCGAAGAUACAUCAAUUAUUAACAAUUAUGGGUCAAAUAGAUGACGUGGACUCAUCCUGAUAUCUGAAAGUUUUCUACUCGAAGAUAUAACGAUUUUAGCCUUGAUCAAGACAAAUGGCCAUACCCAUUGUUUGGGCACUGAUGA